UUUUCGCAAAUCUCAGAGAAGUUUUGUAUUGGACUACUUCGAUGCACUUGAUUAAGGUGAUAUGAAGAAGAAUUCAAGAUCAAAACAUCAUAUCAUUGAAGAUGAAAUCCAAUAAGAAUCGUCUAAAACGAGGAAUAAUUGGAUGAAUUUGAUUGAAAAUCAUUUAUUGAAAGCACCGAAAUGGGGCUAAAAAAUCAUAAUAGAAUCAAAACCAUCAGCCAUUGCAGAUGAAUUACUCGAAAAAUCCCUCCAGGAAUAUUUGCAGCAAGAACGGAUUCAAAUUGCUAACCUUUAAAAUCCAACUUUACCCGGGAAAAUGAGUCAGUUCGGAUGACUUCAGGUCUAUAUUAUGACUGAAUUGUGAAUAUGAAUGGAGUGAUUCAAACUAUUAGCGUAUUAUUAGUAAUACAAAUAAGCUGUUCCUACGGUCAAAGCACAUCUGCCAAUUCCAAGUGCCUUACACCGGAUAAUUACGUAGGAAAAUGUAUAAGCAUUAGAGAUUGCAAAGAUUUACUUCUAUUACUCGAAUACAGAGGUAAAGAUCCCAGAGUGGUUCAGUUUCUUCGUAAAUCGCAAUGUGGAGUAGCUGGCAAUAACCCAAAAGUAUGCUGCAGUACUGGAGUUGUAAAUAAUCCGAAACCGCCGCCAUCACCACCUAAAGAUGAUUCUGAUUCGAAAGUUUGCGGAAUUCCCGAUGUAUCUCAAAAAAUCAUUGGCGGAGAAGGAGUUGCUCUGGGAGAUUACCCUUGGAUGGCUGCGUUAGGAUACAGAAGAAGGAAACAUGCUGGACCAGAAUGGAUUUGCGGUGGAACUCUGAUUAGCAGCAGAUAUGUGUUGACAGCGUCCCAUUGUCUUCAUGGAAUCAGCCCAUGGGAAUUGUAUAUGGUUCGAUUAGGAGACGUGAACUUGAACAGUACAGUCAACGAUGGCGCUACACCUUUGGAUAUUCCCAUUGAAAGUACACUGAUUCAUGAAAAAUACACUAGUUCUCCAAUAACCAACGACGUUGCUCUGGUCAAACUGAAAUAUGCUGUGCAAUAUACAGAUCUAAUCAAACCAAUAUGUCUUCCGGCGGCUCAAGAUUUCAAAAGUAAGAAUAUUUUAGACCACCAAUACGCCUUUGUUGCUGGCUGGGGAAAAACUUCAUUCACUAUUACAAACUCGUUCAGCUCUCAUCUUCAAGACUUGCGUGUUCCUAUUCAACCAAUCGAUGUUUGUAAACAAGCCUAUAAAACGAUUCCAAGAUCGUACGUAGACGAUAGGAAUAUCUGCGCUGGAUAUUUACAAGGACAAAAGGAUUCGUGUCAGGGUGAUUCUGGAGGCCCACUGAUGUGGAUCAAUUCGUACGAUUCAAAGUACUACCUCAUUGGUAUCGUUUCAUUCGGUUAUAAAUGUGCUGAACCAGGGUAUCCUGGGGUUUACACGAAAGUUGCCGAGUAUAUGGACUGGAUAAGACUUCAUGCGAAAUAAUUUUUUUUUUUAAAAGAUGUUCUAUAUUUUUAGUGAAUUUACUCCUAUAAUCUAAUCUUCGUGUUAUUUUUUUAUACGUGAAAUAAAUUUUUUUUUAACAACU